AUUUUAUAAUUAGUAUGUCGUGAUUAAUAUUUAAUGUAAUUACUGUUUAAAUAAAUUAUUUAAUUUAGUUUAAAUGCAUCAAGUGUUGAUAAAAAGUGGAUAAUGUUUUGAAAAAGUUACAAGUGUCGUUUAUUAAUUACAAUAAAUAAAACAGUUGAUAAAAAUUAUAAAAUGCCGAUAUUAACUUUACGUACCAACGACGGAAAAAUUCAUAAAUUAAAUUCUGACCUUAUAAGAUAUUCAGCAACACUUAAAAAUUUAUUACAAGACGUCAACAUCGAUGAGUAUAGAGAAGGCGACAUAAUAAGUUUACCUUACAAGGAAUCCUCUCUAAUAGAUAAAUGCAUCAAUUUCGUUAAAACUCAAGCUAAAUAUUUAGAACCUGAAAACACCGUAUAUCAAUUAACUGAAUCUGUCAAUUCUGAUGAAUCUUUAUCACAGUCAGGAGAUAUUUAUUACCUAGAAUCAUCAGAUAAAAUAGCCUUUAAAGUUCAUAAGAACGUUAUUACACUAUCAAGCGUUUGGAAAGAAGUCGUCGAAAUUAUGGGCGAUACUUCAGAUAAUAUUGUACCCGUUCCGAAAAUUCAUUCACAAGUAUUACGUCUACUCGUUGAAUGGGCGGAAUUGAAGCACGAAAACAUUAAUAUUAAUAGAAAAUCAACCAACGAAUCAUCCGAGUGGGAAACUGUUUUUUUUAAAGACGUAGAGAUAAAUUUAUUAUUCGAACUAGUCAAUGCAGCAAAUUAUCUAGAUAUUCCAGAAUUAUUAAGCGCAACCACAACUUCAGUCGCUAAUCAUUUAAAUCAAGAAAGUAUCCAAAAUAUUCGUAAAUUAUUCCAUGUCGAAGAUGAUUUACACACAAAUUUAAAAGAAAUAUUAAAUGACGAAUUUCAAUAUUUUGAUGAAUCAUUAAUUGUUUAAAAAAAUAGUACGAUGAAAAAUAAUUAACUGUACUUACAAUAAAAUUAUUACAAGUAAUUAA